AUGGGCAUGAAAACAGACCUGGACCUGAAGGGAAACAACUUUAGCAACGGGGCAAGUGCCUUUUUCAUUGCAUCCUUGAUUGCUGAAGUUCCAAAUACAUAUCUUCUCCAGAAGGUCCCCCCAGCCAAAUGGUUGAGUAUCAACGUCAUUCUCUGGGGUGUUGCGGCAGCGGCAGCGGCCGGUGCGAAGAACUAUACGACUCUACUUGUCGCGCGCAUAUUCCUUGGGAUUUUUGAAGCCCCGGUAGCGCCAUCCUUGAUGCUCAUAAGCAGUCAAUACUACACGAAGUCCGAACAGGCCCCAAGAUUUACAUUUUGGUUUUUAGGCCUAGGAGUAGCCCAGAUCAUUGGCGGAUUGAUUUCCUUUGGCUUCCAACACGUCCAUCAUGCAUUCGCCGGCUGGCGUAUAAUGUUCCUUGUCAUGGGACUGAUCACCGUUGCUGUAGGAGUUGCCACCUUACUUUUCCUUCCAGAUACACCAAUGCAAGCGAAGUGGUUAUCCGAUGACCAAAAGGUGACGCUACUUCAACACGUUCGCGUGAACCAGACCGGUAUUCGCAAUGGAAAGUUUGAUCCCAAGCAAUUGCUGGAAGCGGUUCUUGAUCCUCAGGUGUGGUUGUGGGCUUUGAUGCUCGCCUUGCAAGCUGUUUCCAGCGGAGUGGUCGUGGUGUAUUCGUCCACGCUUAUAGCGGGCUUUGGCUUUGGCGGACCUAUCUCAGCCCUUCUAAACACACCUUCAGGAAUUGUUAGUAUUUUCUUUACACUUCUAGUGGGGAUUGGCGUCCGUAAAGCUGCGAAUCGAUGGGCAUGGAUCUUUAUCUGCAGUAUCCCAGGAAUCAUCGGCGGCGGUCUGAUGUCUUUCCUUCCCAAGAGCAAUCGGGCCGGAAUCUUGAUUGGAAUCUACCUAGUCAAUGCAAUCGUUGCUCCGACACCGGUAAUCUACCACUGGAUCGCCGCCAAUUGCGCAGGGUACACAAAGCGUGCAUUUACUAGUGCUGUGGUGGCCGGCUUUUUCUGCGUGGGCAAUAUCAUUGGGCCGCAAACUUUCCAGGCAAGGGAUGCCCCCGAAUACCGACCAGCUAAGAUUGCAGUCCUGGUGACUCAGGCCGUGGCUGGAAUACUAGCCGUCGUGCUCUUUGGGUACUAUGUCUGGGAGAACAGGCGGAGGGAUCGCAUUCAGACAACCCAAGAAGGCCAGGGUGUUGUCACGGACGAGAAGGCAUGGGGUGGGUUGACCGACAAACAGAACAAGGACUUUCGUUAUGUGUAUUAA